AUGAAUCCAAAUGAUGAGAAAAACUCUCCCAAGUUUUCAACUCCUUUGAGCUCCUCCUUGGAUCCUUCUUCGAUGGUGGAGUUUGAUGCAUCAGUGCCUGUGCCUAUGCCUAUGCCUAUGCCUAUGCCUAUGGAGUGUUUGCUAAUGAACAACACUGUUCCUCCAUUUCUUUCAAAAACAUUCGAUUUAGUGGAUGAACCUUGUUUGAAUCCGAUUAUAUCAUGGAGUUGUAAUGGUGCUAGCUUCGUUGUGUGGGACCCUUUAGAGUUUGCUAGAAUCAUUUUGCCUCGACAUUUCAAACACAACAAUUUCUCCAGUUUUGUUCGUCAGCUUAAUACUUAUGGGUUCCGAAAGAUUGACACCGACAAAUGGGAGUUUUUCAAUGAAAGUUUCCAGAAAGGGAAGAAGCACUUACUGAAGAACAUUCAAAGGCGCCGGUCGUCUCAAUCUCAACAAGUUGGUAACCAUGUUGGAUCGUCUUCUGAUGCAGGGAAAUUUGGAGCCGAGGUUGAGAUAGAAAGAUUGAAGAAGGAAAGGAGUGUCUUAAUGCAAGAAGUGGUCGAUUUGCAGCAGCAACAGCGAAAAACGGCUCGUCGUGCAGGAAAUGUGAAUCAAAGGCUUCAAUCUGCUGAGCAAAGGCAGAAACAAAUGGUUUCCUUCUUAGCCAAGUUAUUUCAAAAUCCAGACUUUUUAGCGCGGCUUAAGCAGAAGAAGGAACAAAAAGAUAUAGAAUCUCCAAGAGUCAGAAGGAAGCUUGUUAAGCAACAUCAAAAUGAAGCACUAAGUCAAGUUUCCAUUGAACACACUCCUCGCUAUCUUUCGCAUGAUUUAGCUAAAGAAAUGAGUGCAGGUGAAGAUUUUACUUCUAAAAUCGAGAAUAUUUCCUUAGAUGAAUAUGCUGCAAUGCAUGAUAUUUUGUCAAGUAAUUCAGAAACCAUUAUUGGUGAAGGAUCAUCAAGCUUUGGAGUCGAUGAACAAUUUUUCAAAGGGAAAAAUAUUAUUAGUCCAAAUGAAGAAGCUAUAACUGAGAAUUUUGAAGGGUUUCAUGAGUUUCAAUCUCUUGGGACAGAGAGUAUUAUCAAGCAAGAAGACAUAUGGGGUCCAAGCUGUGGGAAUGAGAUGUGGGGAAAUCCUAUGAAUUAUGGAGUUAUUACAAGUGACAUGACAGAGACAGAUAUGUGGGAUAUUGGUUUUGGAAGUUUGGGUAUUGAUAAGUGGCCAGGUGAUGAAUCUCCUUUUGAUGAGAUUGAUAGUCAAGCUGGUAAGCCAAAAGAUUAUUAGACAAAAUUGUUGGAAUGUGAUUUUACAUUGGAACUGCUAUGCUUUUGUUGCCUUUGGGCAGUUAUAGUUUCUAGGGGUCAUAUUAUUGAAUAACUUUGGUUUAUAAACAUUAUUUAUAAGCUUUCA